CAGUCCGCGCCGCGCCGCCGCUGCUGGGACGAUGGGAGACGUUCUGUGCGAAGAGCUCGAGGAUUUAGUUCACUUCACGGUGACUGACCUGCCGGCACGAGGCUAUGUCGUCAUGGAGGAGAUCCGACGUCAGGGGAAACUCUGUGAUGUCACGCUCAAGGUCGGGGAUCAUAAGUUCAGCGCUCACCGGAUCGUCCUGGCGGCUUCCAUCCCGUACUUCCAUGCCAUGUUCACCAACGACAUGGUGGAGUGUAAACAGGACGAGAUCCUGAUGCAGGGAAUGGACCCCAGCGCUCUGGAGGCUCUCAUUAACUUUGCGUACAGUGGCCACGUCGCCAUUGACCAGCAGAACGUCCAGUCUCUCCUGAUUGGCUCCAGCUUCCUGCAGCUGCAGAACGUUAAAGACGCCUGCUGCUCCUUCCUGCAGGAGAGGUUGCACCCUAAGAACUGUCUGGGAGUGCGUCAGUUCGCUGAGACCAUGAUGUGCACGACGCUGUACGACUCGGCCAGCAGCUUCCUGCACCAGCACUUCGUAGACGUCUCGCUGUCUGAGGAGUUCCUGGGUCUCAGGACCGAGGAGCUGCUGGAGCUGGUGGGCUGCGACGAGCUCAACGUGAAGGCCGAGGAGCAGGUGUUUGAGGCAGUGCUGGCCUGGGUCCAUCAUGACCGGGACCGGAGGGAGACGCUGCUUCCGGAGCUGCUGUCAAAGAUCCGGCUUCCUCUGUGUCGACCUCAGUUCUUGUCAGACCGAGUGCAGCAGGACGACCUGGUUCGCUGCUGCCACAAGUGCAGAGAUCUGGUGGACGAAGCCAAAGAUUUCCACCUGAUGCCAGACCGCCGACCUCACCUGCCCGCCUUCAAAAUCCGACAGAGGUGCUGCACGUCCAUCACAGGACUCAUAUACGCCGUGGGAGGACUCAACAGCUCAGGUGACUCUCUUAAUGUGGUCGAGGUGUUCGAUCCAAUCGGUAACUUCUGGGAGCGCUGUCAGCCAAUGAGGAUGACUCGCAGUAGAGUGGGCGUGGCUGUCGUCAACGGGCUGCUGUACGCCAUUGGUGGUUACGACGGCCAAUCACGGCUCAGCACGGUGGAGGUUUACAACCCAGAGACAGACAGCUGGACGCGAGUGUCGAGCAUGAACAGCCAGCGCAGCGCCAUGGGAACCGUGGUGAUUGACGGACGCAUCUACGUGUGUGGCGGCUACGACGGGAAGUCGUCUCUGAACUCAGUGGAGUGUUACGCACCUGAGACUGACAGGUGGACGGUCGUGGCCGAGAUGAGCGCCAGCCGCAGCGCCGCCGGAGUGACGGUGUUUGACGGGAGGAUCUUCGUGUCCGGAGGCCACGACGGUCUGCAGAUCUUCAACACGGUGGAGUACUACAACCACCACACCAACCGCUGGCACCCGGCGGCGCCGAUGCUCAACAAGCGCUGUCGUCACGGCGCAGCGUCGCUGGGCAGCCACAUGUACGUGGCGGGGGGCUACGACGGCUCAGGGUUCCUGAGCGGCGCCGAGGUGUUUAGCUCCGCCUCCGGCCAGUGGAGCCUCCUAGUGGCCAUGAACACGCGGCGCAGUCGGGUGUCGCUGGUGUCCACGUCGGGGCGUCUGUACGCAGUGGGCGGCUACGACGGACAGUCCAACCUCAGCUCGGUGGAGAUGUACAACCCCGACACCAACCGCUGGACCUUCAUGGCCCCCAUGGUCUGCCACGAGGGCGGCGUGGGCGUUGGCUGCAUCCCGCUGCAGCCCGCCUAAACUGGCCAAUCACGGCCGAGGAUCAACGCCUUACUGACACCAGUGGGCAGGGGGCAGCGCCCCCCACGGCAUCCACUGAGCUUUAUCGGUACGACGGCCGGGCUUGGACCUGCACACUGACACUGGGCUGCGGGAUGCUGGGAAACUGUAGGCCGGCCCACCCAGGCUAGCUGUUAGCAUUGUGCUGUUAGUGGUGGACUGAUCCACGUCCAGGAUUUUCUACCUGAUCAAACCAACAAAGCUGCUGACUUAAAGACGAUGACCACUCUGAUCGGUUUUCUGGGACCGUUUUAUCGAUACGCAGCACUGCAGACACCCGAAGAAGACGUCACAGCUGAGAGCAGCGCAGCAGCGCCUCCUGCAGGCCGCAUAGCUUCGUACACCUGCUCAGUCAGAGUUGUCCUGUAGGAGGCGCUGCAGGAAGCUGCAUUCACCUGUGGAGUCCACAGUGUUCACCGUCGGAGUUCCACGUUUGGUUCAAGGUCCUUUUAAAACAUGAAGAAGAAGAAAGCUCCAGAUGAGAUGUUAGUUUUCAUGAACUCUUUAUGUGGCUCAGAUAAUAUUGAGACCGUUUCAAAGGGCAGCAAACAGAACAAAAAAAAAUGUUUUAACAGGAAAAAAAAACUGAACUGUUUAGAGAGAAUGGAGCAUUUUGGGAGGAAUGAACCUUUAAAACCUUUAAGUUCCUCACUUUAGAUCAUAUGGAUGGAUGGAUGGAUGGAUGGAUGGAUGGAUGAUGAUGGAUGAUGAUGAUGGAUGGAUGAUUCAAUUCAAUUUUAUUUAUAUAGCGCCGAUUACAGUCAAAUUGUCUCAAGACGCUUUACAGAACCCAUAUGCCUGAACCCCAGAGCAGCCCUAAGGAGACAGUGGCAAGGAAAACACCCUUUUAACAGGGAAAAAACCUUGAUCAGAACCUGGAUCUAAUGUGGGGGAACCAUCUGCCUGCUGGCCGGGCGGGUUGAGAGAUACAGUAGAGGUAGAGAGGUAGAGGUAGAGAUAGAGGGGUGGGGUGGGGGGCAAGGACCAUAAAACACACAAUUUGAUACAUGCAUGAUAAGACAAAUGAUACAUGCAAAGUACAACUAACAUG